AUGGACGAGGCAGCUCAGCAAAGCUCCGGCAAAGACCCGAGUCCCGAGGCGGCGCGGCGAACUGUGGUAAAUGACCUUGGUGCCGCCGUGGAAGUGCACUCGGAAGGCAGCUGGAAGGUCCUCUACCCCGAAGCUGCCUGCCAGGUGGCCACGGACUUCCAAAUCCGCUUGCGUGAAGACCCGACCAUCAUCGGGACGACUGCAAGUUGCGUGAGCCACGACCUCGAGGUGAGGGCCUCAGAAAUUGACGACUUCUCCACGAGGUGCAAGCAAUGGCUGGAGGAUGAGCAAGAUGCAAUUCGAAACGAAGAGGAGGAGGCAUGGCGCAGGGCGAGUCUACGGCAACAACAAGUGAGAGCAGACCAACGCCAGGCGUUUGUGUUUUGGGCAGUGAUCCUCGGACACUGGGCAGCCUUCGCGGUUCUGCUAAACACAGAGGAUCCGACACAAAGCCUCCUGGCUUACAACGAACCCGAAUAUCGAAGUGUUGGGGAGGCGUUCCAGGUUGCUGCAGUUGCACUUGGCAGUUUCCUGCUGUCUUUCUGCAUCUCAUGUACGGACCGUCUUGUCCCAGCAUGGCGGGUAGAGCUAUCUGCUGCCUUUGGUUGUGCAACAUUCAUAUUCGAUUCUGGAUGUAGUGCCGCUUUUAUUCUUUUUCAAGAAGACCUGCUGGCGGUCUGCGCAACUGGAGUCACGGUUGGAUGGAUCGCGCGUCAUCUACAAACCCGGUACUCGGCAGCCUUCUUUGGAAUCAUCUUUUGCAUCUACAUAGUGUCAAGAUCGAUACUUCGUCCAACAUUCGCAUUCCGACCUUUCUGGGAUGUGUUCCGGGAUUCUGCAAUUGCCCUUGGCAUCUCAGUGCUAGUCUUCUUCAUCUCGUGGAGCGAGCGCGGCAGCACCCGCACAGGAGUAAUGGUAGUGUAUUUUCUGUCAUUCCUUGUGUUCUUGGUGAUCAGUGUGGCCUACUUGGCGGGCGUGGCAGUUCCGCUGUCUUUUGGUUUCAGCGCUUUCACCGGCAUCUUCACGCGCUUCCUACUUUUCCCCGGAGCCAUCCGUGAAGGGUUGGAAGAAGAGACGAAGCGCAAUGCCCUCAGCAAGACCAUCACGUUCGAGGGCACCGUGAGUCGAGCCAUGCCAUGUAAUUUUUGCGUGAUCUCAGGUCUCGGUAGAAAACAGUCUCGUUUGAAUGAGGCCUGGCAAAGCCUGCGUGGUUUCCUGGCCUGGCAAGUAUGUCACUGCCUGGGAUCACCUGGUCGCCAGCGCCCGGGCUGGCCAGACAAGCGCGGCAGUGGUUUUCUUGCCUCCGGGCACCAAGAGCUACGGGAAGCACAGCCCUAUUCCACAGGAAGGGAUAGGCCGCUGCUGGUGUCAGCCUCGGUAUGGAGAGAGGAAGCCAUGGGGUUGCCGCUGGUGGGCCUUGUGGAUACAGAACGUGGAAACCGCCGUGAAGCACCGUGCGGAACUCCAGGUGUACUUUUUUGA